AGUUCACGUGGUGCCAUCGAACACGUUGUAUACAUGACAAACGAAGCGAGUUGCGAACGUGAACGCAGACUCCGGUUGUCCGAGCACAAUGCAUCAAAACAGAAAGAGAUUCUGGGAAUCGUACUUGUCUCUCUUUAAUGAAAGAAAAAGCAGAGAGAACAAAAGGAUCUUCAAGAUUUUCUUCCUACCAGCACGUUUUACCUUUACAAAAAUAUUUAGUAAUGUAAAUAUAUCACAUUUCGACAAAAUAUUCAUUUUAUUGAGAGAACAGAUUUUAAAGUAGCGUGACAGCGUGAGGCACACACACACGUACAGCACCCCGGCUUUAUCGGACGACACAAUGCGAAUACCACGCUCUUUACAUGAAAAUGGAUCAGUCAAGGUCAGUGCUCCUCACUCCCCACCCCGUCGACUGAAAUCACAUGGAGUAAGCGGGACGCUCGUUGCCGCGAGCAGUCUUGCACGCGUUUUUCUAUAAUUCGGUAUCCACGAUUUGCAUCUAUCUCGACGUUAUUCAGCGACUACCAUGACCCGACCCGAAAAGAAAAUCGAGAAUUACGAGGUCAUCAUGAAAACUCUCACAGCUGGUGGAGUUGCCGCCGUGUGCUCGAAAACGGCCGUGGCACCUUUCGAUAGGAUUAAAAUUUUAUUGCAAGCACAACACGAACAUUACAAACAUUUAGGUGCUUUCUCGGGAUUCAGGGAAAUUGUUCAACGUGAAAAUUUCCUUGCCUUGUAUAAAGGUAAUCUCGUUCAAGUAAUGAGGAUCAUGCCGUACGGAGCGAUACAAUUUACAGCAUAUGAACAGUAUAAACAGCACUUAGAGGUGUCGUUUGAGCAAAGUUCGCUUAUAAAUGGAUUCUUGGCCGGAGCUGCCGCGGGUAUCACAGCGGCUGCGAUUACAUAUCCGCUCGACACUAUCCGAGCAAGACUAGCCUUUCAAGUUACCAAUAGCAAUACACUUUAUUCUGGAAUCAAACACGCCGUUGUGAGAAUGCUGAAAGAGGAGGGCGGCCUUCGAGCGUUGUACAGAGGUUUUUGGUCAAAUAUGUUAGGCAUGAUACCAUACGCCGGAUUUUCCUUCUAUACGUUCGAGAAGGUGAAAUAUCUAAACAUGAAAUACGCGCCACAUUAUUUUUGUUCUGAGCAUAAAACGAAUGGUCUUAUAUUGAAUAUACCGGGAAAGCUUUUAUGUGGAGGCGCUGCCGGUGCUGUAGCGAAUACCUUCUCUUAUCCAUUAGAUGUUACGAAGAGACGUAUGCAAUUGGCUAUGAUGAAUCCAGCUACACAUAAAUACGCGUCGGGAAUGUUGUCUACUCUUAGGCUGAUAUACACCGAGAAUGGCAUUGUAAAAGGUUUAUAUCGUGGGAUGAGUAUCAAUUUCUUACGAGCAGUUCCUUUGCAGGCAGUUGCUUUUGCAACGUACGAAAUGAUGAAGCAGACACUCGGUUUAGACACUGGAAUGAAACUGUAAUUAAUUAUGUAUAUAUUCACGUUACGUUUUAGAUUAGAUUAAAAACCAUUACGAUAUAUUGAAAUUGCAUAUUAUAUCCAUAAAGAUGUCUAAUUUAUUACGAAAUGGAAAAGAUAAACUGUAAAUCAUAUAAAUAUUGGGUGAACGGUAAGUUCAUUCCAUUUUUUUGUAUUUAUACUAAUGUCAUCUCUUAGCAAAAAUGGAUUUUCCACUCAAUCCAAUACAAAUAUUCUAAGUAUCUUAACGUAUAACAUGAAACAUAACAAAUGUUUCGCAAAAAAAAAAA